UUUCAGCUGGAAUCAACACUAGCCCUUCCCGCACACACAAAAAUGCUUCCGUGGCAACGACAAGUUCCAACAUCAAUUUUUCCUCAAUCAAAUGAACAAGUUUUUCGAAUGAUGCUUGCACAACAACACCUCCAACUCCAAAAUUUUCUGCAGCAGAGGAAAAUGGCGCUGCUUGCUAUGAAUCCAGAAAUUCCAAUGAUCACCGAUCUCAAGAAAGCAAAAUUUGACUUCACUCACAUGGCUGAUUCAAUUGAAUCUGAACAGAAGAUCAAAGAAGAAAGUGUGUCUCCAAAAAUGUCCCCGACGCUCACUACUGCAGCCGUUCGACCAUUUGUUCCUUACGAUCAACCAUGGUUCAUGAUCCCUGGACGUGGAAGGACUACUGGCCGAGCAGCCCGACCAAAGAAGGAAUUCAUCUGCAAAUAUUGUGAUCGUCACUUCACCAAGUCUUACAACCUCCUGAUCCAUGAAAGGACACAUACUGAUGAGCGACCAUACUCGUGUGAUGUUUGUGGAAAAGCAUUCCGUCGUCAGGAUCAUCUUAGAGACCACAAGUAUAUCCACCAAAAGGACAGGCCAUUCAAAUGCGAAAUCUGUGGGAAAGGAUUCUGCCAAUCAAGAACUCUCCUCGUCCACCGUGCAACACAUGAUCCAAACCGACACAGUAUUGGAGCUCCAGUUGUACCAAUCAAAAGUGAAACACCACUCCCUGAACUGGAUCCACGAGUAACAUUAAUUCUUCAAAAUCUCACUGAUAGCUUUAAUUCGACGUCUAUGACAUCCCCACAAAUCUCACCUGAUCGCUAAAUUCUGCUGAGAAUUAGUAUUUGGCAUCUAGGCUUUCUUAUGAAAACGGUCAAUUUUGUCAUUCCUGCUUAAACAUUUUCAUGUUGUCCAGUAUUACUUGAGGAUCAUCUGUUUUUUCCAAUAUAUGCUACUCUUUUUUUUCAUAUGUCUAUAUUUUUUUCGAUUUACCUUCUCUCUUCAUACUUGAUAGGGUCAAAGUUUUAGAUUUGUGAUUGUGUCAGAUACAAUAUUGUACCAAAAAUAAAACAUUUUCUGAAUGACGUUGCAA